AUGUUUAGCAAACAAGGCAGUGAGAACGAGAACAAAUCCUUAAGAAAUAAUGAUAACCAGAUCGGUCAGGACCAGCAAGCCGACCACUCAAGAUAUGAAAAAUGCCUACUAGAAGCCAGCAUUUCAGCAUUAACCUGGCAAGUACAAGAACUAGCAGCCAAUUAUACCAAACUCAUCACAACAACAAUAACCCAACCCAGACACAGAAUGAAAACUAAGCCAAACCUACAGGAUAUUACAUGCUACAAGUGUAGGAGAAGGGCCACUAUGCAAGAAACUGCACAACGGAAAGACCCAAUCCUGAAGAAAUGA